CUAUGAACUUCCUAUUCGUAUUGCUCGGGCUUCAAGUUGAUUAUCUACGUGCUACCCCCAACCGUAUGCCGCCUAGCAAUUCCCCGGUUGGCUGCUCCAGGCGCGAUAUCGUUGGCUGCGGCCCUCAGGUCGACAGAGGAGAGGAUAAAGUGGCUCGCAGAAAUAUACUUGCGCCGUAAUCAAUGCUGACGCUAUGUGGUCUAAAAGUCGGCCAUGCCUAUUUUAUUUUUCCCUUCCCAGCCCGACUCCUUCCAACUGCUACUCAACCUCACAGCCCUUGGCUUCUCGUCCGACUAGCCGUUCUCGUAACAUGUCCCGUCGUAGAAACCCGAGCGGAUCUUUCGCGAGGAACUCGUUAGCUAAGCUCGUCGGGAUCUACUCCUGUGCGUCAUCCUCGGAGUGGACAGACAGACAGACAGACAGCCUGCCUCGCCCUCUCCCUGCCGUCUCCGUUCUACACACGGUGGCUGAAUCCAUACCCCAAUUGACUUGUGUUGUUGGUGCACAUUCGUGCCUCUCUCGCGAGGGCCACGCACACAAGCCCAGACAAGUCUGGUCAGGACGGAGCCAGAUAACCCACGGACGGUUCUCCCAAAGUGUACUUCUUUUUGGCUCCUAUCUCCAAGUGCUAAAGCGCCUCAGACCCUGGCCCUGGAAGACCCGCCCGUCAAGAAAAGGGAACGGCGAGGAGGGAUCGAAGAAGAAUUUAGAACAUGGAUCCAUUGUCUGUGCUGCAACCUUCGCGGCUUAGCCCUCUGCGCGCUCUGGGAGCAUCUCUAACAAUUCCUGACGGGAGACUACAUUCACCGCAAGAACGUCGCCGGAGGAAGAGGUCGCCAAGUCGAGUCUGCAAUCCAAACACAUAAAGAACCUCAAGAAGCUGGAAGCAAUUCAUCGUGAACCUCGUCGAAUGAAGAAGAUCAAACCAUCCGGCUGGGUAUCUGACGGGGAGAAUCCCGGGACGGGUCGUAGCAGCAGAGUUUGCCCUGCAAGGAUGGGCGAAGAAGAAAAGAUCGACCC